UUAGGCCAUUUUUCUUUUAACUUGUGCUGAAGAAGUUUCUCAUUCAUGACGUACACACGAAGGAAUGGCGCUUUCCAAGAAUACGAUGUUUAUUGCAUGGAUUGUACCUUUGAAAACUACGAAGUCAAAUUGGAUUCUUCACGAUAAAUAGCGCAAUUAUUGUGCUGAAUAUAAUUGUUGCGUUAUGCGUAGCAUGCGAAUUGGUAAGAAUAAAUUAUAUGCUGCAUGUGCCGUCUUUGAUAGACAAAAUAACUGUGGUUGUGAAAAAAAAAACAAAGUCAUGUGGUUUAUAUUUCUGCCUUUGAAAUCGAUAUAUGCAUUUUUAUUAUUUAGCAAAGACAAAGAAAAAAACAUUAAACUAAAUUAAGUGAAUUGAGAAAAGAAGAAAAGUUAAAAAAUAUAAAAAUAAAAGUUAAUUAGUUAAAAAAAAGAUCGAAGAGCACUUAACCAACGCAAUUUCAAAAGGCAAGAAAUGCACAAUAAACGUUUCCCAGGCUUUUGAAAUAUAUUUUUUUUUUUUUGGUAUGUUGAAUGGAGAUGGGCUUUUGAAAUAAAGGCUAAAAGAAAAUGACUGGGAAGCCAUAUCCACGGAAGUCGACUUGUACACUAAAUACAAUAUAGAAAUUUACAAAAUGUUUGAAGCCUUUUUUUUUUACUUGAAAAGUGCAAAGUGCGGUGGAGAUCACUGAAAGGUCGCCUUACCAUGAACUACCAUAAGAAGGCAGAUUCAGGUAGUGCUAAUGUUCAUGAAAGCAUUAAAUAGAAAUUCUGCAAAGCGUUGUCGUUUUUAGGAGAUUUCAUAGUCUCUAAUUGUUGAAAAGAUGAAUGAAAAAGCAACCACAGUUGUUAAAAAACGUAUACUAAUAAGUAAGGAGUACAAAACUAUAUGUGACUUCAUUGAUCAAUUUGAGGGCUUAGCUAUCGAUUGCGAGAUCGCUUUAUUACAAAAAUUUCCUUCUAUUGAAAGUCUAACAUUAAAAGCAAUUUUACAAGUACAAGUAACCACACAUAUUAAAGCACUGCGCUGGCGCCAUGAAUCCCGAACUUUGAAAUACAACAAAUGUAGUUCUAAUAGCAAAGAUUCAGACAUUCUUUUAAAGAUUGCGAGAGAACAUCGUGUUGGUCCAGUAACCUUGUGUCGUUAUAUUUUAAAAUUUAAAUAUGAAAUGAAAAAUAAAGCAGAAAUCGCGCAUCUCCUGAAAUACCCCCAACUCAUCGAAGAUCAACAAUUAUCAGCCAACAUAAUUCAAUGUAUGUGCAGCGACAACCAAGAUGGACCUCUAGUAGAUUUGAAACGUCGUAUUUUAGGAGAAGAAUAUGAAUUUAAGCUAAAAGAUUUGGCCACUAAGGCUGGCAUGCAUUUCCAUGAUGAAAAUGAACUGAGACGUUUGGGCUAUGACAAAACGCCUGAUCUCAAAAUGAUAUUACCAUUUCUUUUCCGGGGAGAAGUGAUUAAUUGGAUUGAGAGCAAAGCAGGUUUCGGAGACAUUAAAUCACAUAGAUAUUACACUCAACAACAAUACCAAAGUUAUUGUAAUAGAUUUGGUCCAGGCAUUGUGAUCUAUUGGAUGGGAUAUCAAGAGGAAACGGCUACGCUGCCUGACAAUGAUGACGGUAUCAUAGUUUUAGACGACUUUCCUCGUUUAGAGGAUCUAGAACUUCUGGAUUUAUCGAAAACAAUGCAACACUUGGACAAUGUUAACAGAUACAAACAUUUCCGCUUGCUUUUGUGGUAGUAAAAAUGAAUUAUAUUUUGCACAGUUUUUUGUGUUG